AUGCCCGAGAAGAGUGUGCGCACGUUCAAGGACGUGAGGGGGUGUGACGAGGCGAAGGCGGAGCUGGAGGAGAUCGUGGAGUAUCUGCGCGCCCCCGACCGCUUCACCCGCCUCGGUGGCAAGCUGCCUAAGGGGGUGCUGCUGAUCGGCCCACCAGGCACGGGCAAGACGCUGCUCGCCAAGGCCAUAGCGGGCGAGGCGGGGGUGCCCUUCUUCUACCGCGCCGGCUCCGAGUUCGAAGAGAUGUUUGUGGGAGUGGGGGCGCGGAGGGUGCGCACGCUGUUUCAAGCGGCGAAGAAGAAGGCGCCGUGCAUCGUGUUCAUAGAUGAGAUUGACGCGGUGGGGGGCAGUCGCAAGCAGUGGGAGGGGCACAGCAAGAAGACGCUCAACCAGCUGCUCGUCGAGAUGGACGGCUUCGAACCCAACGAGGGCAUCAUAGUGAUGGCGGCCACCAACGUACCGGACAUGCUCGACCCCGCCCUCACCCGCCCCGGCCGCUUCGACCGCCACGUGGUGGUGCAGGCACCGGACGUGAGGGGGAGGAGGGAGAUCCUGGAGCUGUAUUUGGAGGGCAAGCCGCUGCACGCUGAUGUUGAUGUCGCCAUGCUCGCCAAGGGCACUCCCGGCUUCAGCGGGGCAGACCUGGCGAAUCUGGUGAACAUGGCGGCGGUGAAGGCGGCGCUGGACGGCGUGGCGGCGGUGGGCCGCGACCAGCUCGAGUUCGCCAAAGACAAGAUCCUCAUGGGGGCUGAGCGCCGCUCCCUCGUGCUCUCCCAGGCCUGCCGUAAGAACACGGCAUACCACGAGAGUGGGCAUGCGCUGGUGGCGCUGCACACGGCGCACGCGCUGCCCAUCCACAAGGCCACCAUCAUGCCAAGGGGGGCGGCGCUGGGCAUGGUCACGCAGAUGCCAGAUGACGACUUUGAGACGAGCCGCACGCGUGCGCAGAUGCUGGCGCGGCUGGACGUGUGCAUGGGGGGGCGCGUGGCGGAGGAGGUGGUGUUCGGCGCGCAGCACGUCACCAGCGGGGCGCGGGACGACCUGAGGCAGGCCACGCGGCUGGCGCGGCAGAUGGUGCGCGAGUGCGGCAUGAGCGACAAGCUGGGGCCCGUCUUCAUUGACAGCGACGGCGCAGGGGAGGGGCGCGUGAGCGGCGAGUUGCUGCGCGUGGCAGAUGCUGAGGUGGCACGGCUGCUCAGAGAGGCGUACGCACGCGUCACCACCCUCCUCAAGCAGCACGAGCAGCAGCUGCAUGUGCUGGCAGCAGCGCUGUUGGAGCGCGAGACAAUGACAGCAGAGGACAUCAAGAAGCUCCUCGCCUCCCCUGCCACUACCCUCUCCCCUGCCGCCGCUGCUACUAAUGCCGAUGAUCUUUCCAGGCCACUCACCCCAGCAGACCUCCAAGCACUCCCAGCAGCACCUGCUGCUUUCACCGCUGCCUCACCUCCCUCUCACGACUCUGCUGCAACCCUGCCUGACUUGGCCUCCCCUGCUGCAUGCUGA